AUGCCUUCCUUCAAGACCGUCGCUGCCUUCAUGGCCAUCUUCGCCACCAUGGCCAACGCUGCCCCCGCCGGUAUCAAGACCGAGGCCGGCCAUGCUCGCUCCGUUUCCCUCCAGAAGCGCGAGCCUGUUUCCGCUAUCAUUCUGGGCGCCGCUGGCACGGCACUCGUCACGGCGGUUAUUGAGCGGGCCGUCACCGAAGUCGCCGACCUCAUCGGUGACAUUGCUAGCUUCGACUCGGGCCGUGAGGCGUUCACGAAGCAGACGACCGACGCCAUGUUUGCACAGAACCCCGACCCUGCUCGUUUCCAGGCUGCCGCUUGCUACAACCAGGCAUUCAGCUUCGCUGACCCUGCCAACGUCGAUGGCCAGACCAGCGUUGAGUUCAGGCAGGGCCUCCUGAACACCGACUACGAGUGCUUCUUCAUUGCCGCCCCCAACCAGUUCUUCACCGAGGGUGAUGGUGGCUUCAUCAACCUCUCUAUCACUCACUCCGAUCGCUGCACGUUCGACUCCGAAACCGCCGAUCUCACCUGUGUAUAG